AUGCAAAGCAGACUCAGAGACCCGAAGCCUUUUGAUGGUGAUGAAAGCGAUUCCGAGGACCUGGCUUCCAUUCUUGCCCCGGAGGCAAAUGAUGCCGAUGCAGACUGGAUCGGAAACGAUGCUGCGAAUAGCGUUCAAGACGUUGAAGAUGACUCGAUUGCGGACUUUGACUCUCCUUUCACCGUUGCUAUCUCGUCCGGCAGUGAAGGAAGCACUGAUGGGGAAGAGGGAACCUCGAGCGCAGAUGAGCACGGGCACGGAAACGGGGGCAGUAACUCUGACGGAGAUGAUGGUAAUGACGGUGACGGUGAGCGAGGUAGUCACGAAGCCCACAGCGGCGGCGAUCCUGCGGUAGCGGCGGUGCGGCCAGGUGAAGCCGCUGCGGAGGACUCUGAAGAGGAGAACUAUUUCGAUGCGUUGUACGGUUUGGCUUCAGCAGAGCUUGUGGAAAUAGAGGCGAUGGCGCAACCAGCCCAAGAGGAGGAGCCAUUCCGAGAGGCAGAGUUGGAGUCGUUGUAUGAUGAUGCCAUGUCUCAGGCGGACGAGAUGGAGCUGUACGACAUCGAUUAG